UUUUCUAUAAGAUUCUCAGCUUUUCUCUUCCUUCCCUACCUCUUUUCAUUAAUGCUUUGAUCAGCUCUGAUAAUUACUACUAUUUUGAGACCAUCUUUGAUUUCUCUAGUUAAAUGCCAGAAAGUAUGAGUAUAUCUGUGAAUGGGCAGUCUCAGGUCCCUCCUGGCUUCCGAUUUCAUCCCACUGAAGAGGAGCUCUUGAACUACUACUUGAGGAAGAAGGUUUUGUAUGAGAAGAUCGACUUGGACGUAAUUCGUGAUGUUGAUCUGAAUAAGCUUGAGCCAUGGGACAUUCAAGAGAAGUGUAGAAUAGGAUCCACCCCUCAAAACGAUUGGUACUUCUUCAGCCACAAGGACAAGAAAUAUCCCACGGGAACCAGGACUAAUCGCGCCACUGCAGCUGGGUUUUGGAAGGCCACAGGCCGUGAUAAGGUGAUAUACAGCAGCUUCAAACGGAUUGGAAUGAGGAAGACUCUGGUGUUCUAUAAAGGCCGAGCCCCACAUGGCCAAAAAUCUGACUGGAUCAUGCAUGAGUACAGACUUGAUGAUAACACCAAUGAUACCCAGGUCUCUAAUGCUGUGGCAGAAGCACAGGAAGAGGGGUGGGUGGUUUGUCGUAUCUUCAAGAAGAAAAACCAUCACAAAACCGUAGAAAGCGGUAGCCCUAUGAGUUCAUCAUCCAUCACUGCAGAGACAAGGACCCAGUUGCUGAAUUCAAGUGAUGAGGGAGCUCUGGAGCAGAUAUUUCAGCAUAUGGGGAGGACAUGCAAGGAGGAUAACAAUGAAGCAAACAACAGCAGAAGAUUUCUGAGGUCCAUUGACACAGUCAUCAACAAUGGCAGUACCCUCCAUGACAGAUUCAUGAAGCUUCCAACACUAGAGAGCCCAAACUCCACAAGUAGCCAAAACUGUUACCAGCCCAUCCAUGUCCAGAUGAUCCCAGAGAAUGAAGCAGCUCCCAUCACCCCCCACCCAGUCUACCACUUGGACACGGGCCUGAAUGAUGACUGGGCAGCCCUUGAUAGGCUUGUGGCUUCUCACCUGAAUGGUCAAACAGACACCUCCAAGCAACUAGCCUGCUUCAAUGACCCCUCCAUGCCUUUCUCUUCACCCACUGAUCAUAAUGAUCAUGACUCCCAGCUGCUGCAGCCACGCUCCUCAUCAUCAACCACCAGGUCUUACCACCCCACUCAGGACUACAACACUGAAAUCGACCUGUGGAGCUUUACCAGAUCAUGUCUGCAAUCAUCUGACCCGCUAUGCCACAUCUCCAACACUCCAUCAUAGCAGGAAACCCCUACAUACAAUAAUGUAAUAAUAUCAUUCUAGUUGUUUAAGUCAGCACCUUCUUAUCAUUUCAGCAGUACUUAUAUCUAUAUC